UUUAAAAAGAACAGUAAUCAUAAUACCCUAAAACCAUGAUAUUGAAAUCCGAGAUUAUCAUACCGUCAGAAUCUUAUGCCUAGCUGUCGAAGCAACCUCCUUUAUCCUGCAAAGAAAGCUUGAGCUUCAAUGUAUAUUUAUUAGUAUUUUAUUUUAAGGGCAUAUUUUUUUAAAAGUCACAGCUGAAGAGCAUUUAAAAACUCUCCCAGAUAAGAGACGGUUUGGGUCUGUGACUCUGUCAGAUCUGUUUGACAUCACUUGUUAGGCUAAUUAUGUGGUGUGUAAUAUUUUAGCGGUUAGCGUACAUCUGGUAAAGUUUGCUGACUGAAAACUGUCGUAUUCCCAGUAGUAGGCUGCACUGCGAGCGGAGAAAAGAAAUCAGAGUUCCCCUAAGUCUUCAUUCUUACUCAUUGACGACUCUUUUUGAGGAAUUUAAAAACUUUCUGUUGUUUAAAUGCUAGACCUUUUAUUGGUGUGGUUUUUCAGAGCGCUUCCCGUUAGGUUUGUGUUUCAUAUGAACUGGCUUUGCUAAAGUUAGAGCAUCAACAAGUAUUUAUUAUGAAACACAAAACUUGUUAGCUUAGCUUCGUCUUUCGGUGCUCGGCUUCAUAUCAGAAAACUUUCAGAUCAGAUUUUUGGAGAGAACUUUGAGAGCUUUGAGCUCAGAUCCUCCAGCAGUGCCCACUUCCUCUCCACCCCGCUCGGAGUUUAGUUUGUCUGCCGAUCCUCCUGUCCUCCGGGCCCUCUGGAACGCCGAUGAGUCAGUUUAGCCGUCUUUUUCUUUCUCUCUUUUCCUUUCUAUCGUGGUGUGUGUUCUUUUACCUCGCAAACAGGUUGCUUUUUUCGUCUAUUUUUUUUCCCUCUCUUCAUCUCACGGUGGCUGAACGUUCUCCAUCUGUGUGGUCUGGAGGCUGGUGCUGUUGACUGUUGCUAACCUGACACAGGUUGGACAGAAUGAGUCGAAGAAAAGUGAUCGAGAAGAUUGGUGUGGUCACCCAUCGCGUACAGGAUCAUCUGCACCUGUGAGAUCUUCUAAAGGAAGUACAGGACGACGCAUUUCACAAGCAACGCACAUAGAGCGAGUAAACUUUUGUGGAGAAAGAAAUGGAAUGAUUCCCAGGCCAGAAUGGAUGUGGAAUAAAGGAUACCUCGGAGGGCUCCUCAGGGAAGGGUCUUUGGAUACUCUGCCAGCUUUGAUAACCGCCUCCCUGUUGGAUUUGAGUGAGAUAAUGCUAUAACCCAAUGCUUAACAGAGAUAUGGUGCGGAAAAAGAACCCCCCUUUGAGAAGUGUCGGCGGUGAAGAAGAGGAGGCUGAAGCGGUGCUGGCCGGAGCCACGGAUCCAGAGAGCGCCACCACGGGGAGCCAAAACUCAGAGGCCGACCGUGAGGACCAGGAGGAGCCGGCGUCCCCUGGCCCUAACAAACCUGACCUUCAUUACUCCGGCCAAAACUCCAGCCGAGAGGGCACCGACACCGAACCGCUGGCCUCGCCAACCAACUCUGAUCCUGAAGGUGAAGAAGACUGUCUUAAAAUCUCCACCCGGGCCAGCGGUGUCAUCGUACAAAGCUGCACCAGUAACGGAGAAGAAAGGGACGUCACAGGAAGCCCUCCAUCAUUGCUUAGCUCUGACAGUCCUGUUGACGAAACCCUGGAUAUCUCUAAAGUUCCUCCAGUCACGCUUCACCCACAGCGGCCCGUCGGAGGAGCUGAAAACGCCCACAGUCCUCUAGGAGGUGAAACCGGGGCGCCUCCAGCCUCCUCUCCCAAACUGCAAGACUUUAAGUGCAACAUUUGUGGAUACGGUUAUUACGGCAACGACCCCACGGAUCUGAUCAAACACUUUCGUAAGUACCACCUAGGCCUGCAUAACCGGACGCGGCAGGACGCAGAGCUGGACAAUAAGAUUCUGGCGCUUCACAAUAUGGUGCAGUUCACAGCCCAGACGCAGGCCAAAGAGUCAGCGCGUGUCCUGGGGCAGCCGGUGCAGAGCGGGUCUGUGGUCGAGGCUGGGUCACCCAGAGCUUCAGUGCUCAACGGCACCUACGAUGUACAGGUAACGCUCGCCGGCACCUUCAUCGGGAUCGGGAGGAAAACCCAAGACUGUCAAGGAAACACAAAGUACUUCCGCUGCAAGUUCUGCAACUUCACCUACAUGGGGAGCUCUUCAGUGGAUCUGGAGCAGCAUUUCCUGGCCACACAUCCUAAUAAGAUGAAAAGUCCACCUGCGUCCAACUCAAACCUGGACGAGAAGUCUUCGAGUGAGCGCAAAGGGAACUGUGUACCUCGCAUUGGUGCGGAUGAGCACGGAAAGUGGGCCGAUCGGGUGGCAGUGAGAUCUGAAGAUGACUCUGUGGCUGGAUACUCUGUGCCAAUCAGAUCGUCUGAUUCUCCAAGCCACACUGUAGGAGGAGACAGCCCUUCUGCCUAUUACUGGUGCAAAUACUGCAGCUUUAGUUGUGAAGCCUCUGGUGCAUCAAAACUCCUGGAGCACUAUGAGAAGCGACACGGUCACGGUGUCGUCCGGGAGGGAAGUCCAGGAGAUCGGAAGACGCGAGAUGGAGAUGCUCAUUUACGAAAGAAAGAGAAGACAAGCGAACAGGAAACUGUUGUAACCAGUUACAACUGCCAGUUUUGUGACUUCCGGUACUCCAUGACACACGGACCGGAGGUUAUCAUCGUGGCUCCGCUUUUGCAUCACUACCAGCGGGCUCACAGCAUUCAUAAAUGCACCAUUAAACAUUGCCCGUUCUGCCCGCGUGGGCUGUGCACACCUGAGAAGCACCUGGGCGAGAUCUCCUAUCCCUUCGCCUGCCGGAAAAGCUCCUGUUCGCAUUGUGCUCUGCUUCUGCUGACGGGUGGAGGAAACGCGGCUCCGUCUCCGCCCGCGGCUCGAGCCUCCGUCACUCAUCUGUGCGACCAGUGCUCGUUCACCGCCACUGAUAUUGACCUGCUGCUCUUGCACUACGACAGCGCACACACCUCGCACAGCCUGCUGGAGGUCAAGCCGGAGGAGGAGGGGUCGGGGGAUGGAGGGGCGGGGCCUGGACAGGACCAUCCCGGAGAAUACGCCUGCACCAAGUGCCAUUUCUGUACUGAAGUGGAGGAGGAGAUCUUUCGUCACUACAGGAGAGUUCACGGCUGCUGUCGAUGUCGGCAUUGCAGUUUCACAGCCACGGACACCACAGCCCUGCUGGACCACUUCAACUCUGCGCACUGCCAGGACCCGGCGGACCCAUCCUGCGCUCCGGCCAACGGCUGCUCGGCCCCGUCCACCCUGCGCAUCAAAGAGGAGAGCAAAGGAGACCUGAAGCUCUACAGCCUGGUGCCUCCAGAGCCGCUGCCCGGAGCCGAGAUGGUGAAGAGCGAAGCCCAGGAUGAGGAGAAGAAGAGCUGGGUUGAGGCGCUGGCUGGAGGAGCCGUGCGGGCCGGAGAACAGCACGUGCAGAGCUUGGUUUGGGUGCCUAAAGAACGGGCCGGGGAGAUCCUGAGAGGAAGCCCAGCGCCGUUUCCUCAAGCCUCGCUAGGUCUGCUGAAUGCAGUGGCCGGAGGAGGGAAAGAGCCGCAGACGCAGAAGGGGGCGACCAUGCUGAGAGACUCAACAGGACUGAUGUUCAGCCUCAGCGCUGAUGCGAAAGGUUACCUGUCCGGGACGCCAGCAGGUGCUGUGGAGAAAGGAGGACAGCAGUACCCGAGCGCUACUGAGGGGAAGAGUGCCAAGGAAGAGUCGCAGUCUCUUCUACGGAGACGGCGGGGCUCGGGGGUCUUCUGCGCCAACUGUCUGACCACCAAGACCUCGCUGUGGAGGAAAAAUGCCAACGGCGGCUACGUGUGCAACGCGUGUGGCCUCUAUCAGAAGCUGCACUCGACCCCCAGACCGCUGAACAUAAUCAAGCAAAACAACGGUGAGCAGAUCAUCCGUCGACGGACACGAAAGCGCCUGAACCCCGACCCCAUGCCAUCAGAGCAGGUGGGCUCCAAACAGCAGCGGGUCAACAGCGAGGAACGUCUGAACGGGAGUCCCUUAGAAAGGAGGACAGAAGACAACGGAUCCGACGGAUCUCUAUCACGAGCAGAGGCCCAAGUCAAAUACGAGGCUUACGGCCCCUCUGGAACCAAAAGUCACCCCAGUCCCCGUUCCACACACGCUUUCCUCGUCAACCAGACGCUGGAGAUCCACAAGCGUAUGCCUCCGCUGCAUAUGCACAAGAGUCCAGUGGACGGAGGAUCCGCCGAGGGGAACGGGCUCAGUUUAGGACCCCAAGGCGCAGAUGGGAAAGGUGGAUCAGAAAGAGGCAGUCCAAUCGAGAAGUACAUGCGUCCAUCAAAACAAGCUAGCUACUCUCCGCCUGGAAGCCCCAUCGAGAAAUACCAGUAUCCCAUCUUCAGCCUGCCGUUUCUCCAUAACGACCUGCAAAACGAAACAGACUGGCUGCGCUUCUGGACUAAAUAUAAGAUGUCUGUUCCGGGAAACGCAGCAGGUCACUAUUUGAGUGCUGGACUUCCUAAUCCGUGCCAAAGCUUCGUGCCUUAUCCUGCCUUCAGUUUACCGCCUCACUUUCCACCUCCGACAGCUUCUGGACCCGAAAGCGAUACUCCUCUUGACCUGGCCAUGAAACAUUCCAAACCAAGUCCGACGUCCAACGGAGCGCUCAGUGCUAAGGAGAAACUAGCGUCCCCUGCUUCUGACCGAAUGGAUGACCCUGAAGAGGAACGCUCAACCCCGAAGUCGUCUUCUCAAUCGGAGAAAGUUGAUCAAGCCACGCAAGACGAUCUCUCCAGUAAAUGCGUCCAUUGUGGGAUUGUCUUCCUGGACGAGGUCUUGUACGCCCUGCAUAUGAGCUGCCACGGAGACGGCGGGCCCUUCCAGUGCAGCAUCUGCCUGCACGCGUGCUCCGAUAAAUACGAUUUCACCACGCACAUCCAGCGAGGCCUGCACCGGGCGGCUCCCGAACCCAACCCUUCUAACCAAUGAGCUUUUUACGUGCCAAGAUGGUGCCUAAUGCAAGAAACUUAGCAUAGCAUUUUGUCUGUGGGAGCUCACACACUUUUAACAGCUUUUUUUUUUUGGUGACAUCGGUACAUGUAGCUAUUUAGAUAUAUUUUUGUUAGUGAGGCAGUUCAGCAAGGCAAGGUACUCAUCUUCCUCUUGGUCUCCGUGUGUUUAUUGGCGGAUCUAUGGAAAGUUCUCUUGGCGAACAUGAGGAUGUGUUUCUGCUUCGGUGUAGGAAACGUGGCAGCCGUUCGUCUGUCACUAUGGCAACAGUAUGACUGUCGUCCUCAAACAAACAUCCGGCAUCCUCAGGGAAUGUGUUUGGCUGAUUUACGUUGACUGUCUCUCGUUAACAUCAUACUAAAUGUCUUUUGUUACUGUUUGGGUUUGGUAGAUUCACAGUUAAGGAACUCACAGAAUUCCAUCAAAACUUUUAAGCUGCUGCCUUAGUUGCUGGGAUGCAAUUCUUGUUACUCUAUAACUAAAUUUGGGAAGGAUUACACACACACACACACACACACACACACACGCACACACAUGAAAAAAAACAAACUAUUUUUUUUCUAGGUUGUUAAUAGUGAAAUCACAUGAUCAGUGCCUGAUAUAUUGUACAAAGUAUUUUCUACAUGAGAUGUUGAUAUGCAACAUUGAACUCGCGUCUGAAUGAGGGCCCGGAGUUUGGCUCUGACAAACGUUUACAUUUGCCAAUGUAGCAAACGACGUAAUGAAGCAACACCUGAACUUUCUGUUCUUUUUGUCAUGAAACAGUAAAACCAUUCAAUUUCCUUUCCUCCAAAGGUGGAAUAUUAUAAACAAACAUACUAUCUUUUUAUUGUAAUCUUUGGCCACAAAAAGGGCACUACACUACCUGACAAAAGUCUUGUGGUUGAUUCCGGUUGGAAGAGCAACAAGUAAUAACUUGAAUUCUAGUUGAUCAAUUGGAAAAGUGGCAGAAGGUCGAAUUUUCCAUGUUGAGCUGCUUCCCAAACAUCACAAAUACUACAGAAGACCUACUGGAAACAGCAUGGACUCAAGUUUCUCAUAGAAAUCAGUCAAAUUUGGUGAAAGAAAAAUCAUGGUUUGGGGUCACAUUCAGUAUGGGGGCGU